AUGCAGAUCUGCGAUAAAGAGUGGCACUACUAUGUCAUCAACGUGGAGUUUCCCACGGUGACGCUCUUCGUCGACGGUGUGACCUAUGAACCUUACCUUGUGACAGACGAUUGGCCCAUCCACCCCUCCCAGAUCGAUGUGCAGCUGACCGUUGGCGCCUGUUGGCAAGGCGGAGAGGUGACAACGCCGCGCUUCACGCAGUACUUCCGAGGGAGUCUGUCGGGACUGACCGUUCGUCCCGGGAAGAUCGAGACACAGAAGGUCAUCUCGUGUCUGCAGGCGUGCAAGGAGGGGCUGGACAUCAACUCACUGGAGAGCCUGGGCAAAGGCAUCAAGUUCCACUUCAACCCAGCCCAGUCUGUGCUGGUUAUGGAAGGAGAGGAGCUGGAGAGUAUCCACGCUGCCAUGGCCAAGGUCUCCUACAUCAACUCACGCCAAUUCCCCACGCCGGGGCUGCGGCGUCUACGGGUGACCACCGCCGUUCAGUGUUUUGGUGAGGACACAUGUAUCUCGAUCCCGGACACAAAGGCGGCGGUGAUGGUGCUUCCUCCCAGUGAGCCACGCAUCACCAUCCUGGGAGCAGAGAGGGUCACGGUUCCCGCCGCUGACCUCUGCAGCCCUGCCGGGGUCGCGCUCUUCAGCGAGGUCCACAUCAUCAGCACCAUCAGCAAGAGUGAUAGCGCCUUCAGCACAGGCCACAGACCCGGUGUGCUGGAAGUCAUGCAUAACCUGGACUACUGUGACGUGCUGGUGAUCGGAGAGGAGCUGAACCCCGAGCAGGAGGGUGUGGAGAUCCAUCACAGCUCUCUGCUGGGCAAACAUCUUGACGCCACCAACUCCACCUCCGGCAUGUCCGUAUACGGUGUAGACUCAAUGGCACAUUAUGAGCAGACCAUCCGGCAGGUGAGGUACCGCAAUCGUCAUCCGGCCGGCCUGUCGGAGAGAAAAUUCCGGCUCACCUGUUCCGAACUCAACGGCCGCUACACCAGCAAUGAGUUUAACCUGGAGGUCGGCAUAGUGCACAGCUCGGAGGCUGUGGAGCACGCAAACCAUGCCGCCGCCCAGGCCCAGUUCAUGCGUCCUGUGCAUCACCCGCUGGUGGUCCAUGCCGUGGACUCUGGCCACAUCUCAGGCACGCCCCCAGCAGCCACGGCAGUGAUCGUUCUGUGUAUCGCUGCCCUGGUGGCCAUUGUGGUGUUGGGCAUCUACCGCAUUCACACCACCCACCAGGAAGGCUUGCGAGAGGACGAAGAUGGGGGGAAGGAGCCAGAAAUGGACUGGGACGACUCCACCCUCACCAUCACUGUCAACCCAAUGGAGAAUAUUGUUGGCACACAGAGUGCAGGCGAGACCAGGGACGAGGAGCACGAGGAGGAAGACGAAGAUGAUGAUGCUGAGGAUGAAGAACUGGCUGCAAAUCUGUCCAGCGCAGAGUCAGAGGACAGUGAGGAAGAGGAGCAGAGGGAAGUGAAGAAGGGCAAUCUGAAGGGCAGAGUGGAGUGGGAUCCUCUACACUACCCUAUUAUGUCUGCAGGGCCUGAUAAGGACCCCCCCUGUGCGACACAGGCAACCGUUGCCUGCAGAUUCCGCGUGAUGUGCAACCUCGACUACUGCCAGAGAUGUAGGACCACAGGGGAGCCUAGUUCCAGAUGCACAUGA